ACAUCAACACGCGCUGCUCUACUCCCUAGGUCUGGCUCGAGGUCUGGACCAGGCGAGCGUCAUUAUAUCGGACCAUAUGGACGUCUGCUUUUAUAUCCUGUAUUUUAAUAAACAAGUCGCACAAAUUGGAUAACGAAUAGAAGGCACGGAUAGAAGGCAAGAGCAUCGAAAGAGAGGCAAGUUUGUUCUGCAUUUUCGCAGAGUAGGCAACCACUCGAGUUUCAGCAUGCUGCUCUGAAGUUCCCAUUCGCCAAGUCUCGUUUUGUAGGGCUGGCUGGGAGAGAGAGGGCUGUCUGAGAGUAUGCUGGACUGGAUGCCUCGGCCUGUCAGCUCUGCAGUGGAUUCAUAUGAUUCAGUGCAUGGUGCAGUUUCUCACCUGAUGCUGAAGGGAUCCUUCCAAUGUUGACUCUUUGAUCUUCCCUUCAACCCAAGGGCUUCUAAAUGACUAGACUACAGAGGGGAGUGCUUAAGUAUUAGGCCUCGCUGAGGCAUUGGAUUGAAGUUUGCAAAGUAAAAACAGCAGACGUGAGUGAGUGGCACAGGAGAUCUCAGUUGGAGCCUGCCUGAAAACCCAUCUAUGAGCCUAUGACUGUGGCCAUGACAGCCUCCGACAGCAGCUUCCAGUACCGUGCGCUCUUUGAGUACAAACGGGAACGUGGUGAUGACAUCAGCCUCCAGCCGGGGGACGUCCUGACGGUCCUGAAAGCCUCCCUAAAGGACUACCAGGAAGGGGAUGAGCGCAGCCCCAAGGGAUGGCUGCACGGCACCAACGAGCGGACCAAGGAGAAGGGCGACUUUCCUGGGACGUUUGUGGAGUAUGCAGGGGUGGUGAGGCAGGUGCUGCCUGUGGUCAAGCCCUGGCCCAGGCCCGUACCCCCAACCCCUGGGGGAACACAGAGCAGUGUCGGGCCCGGGCCCCAGCCUCCAGGGGCCACUGCAGCAGGAGGUGGGGGGCCAAGGGAGGCCCCAGAGGUGUGUGCUCUGCCCGAACAGGCUCCUGUGGCGCUACACAGGCUGAUAGAAGCUCUGGAGAGACAAGGCUUGGAGAGUGAGCCACUGUACCGGACGCCCCCAGCCUCCACCGGACCCCCAGAACUGAGACAGGCUCUUGACACAGACCCAGUCUCAGUGGAUGUGGACCAGUAUGAAGUGGCAGUGUUGUCUGAUACUCUGAGGGGUUUCCUCCAGGACCUGCCCUCCCCCAUCAUCCCAGCUGUGGUCUACAGUGAACUGGUCUACACUGCCCAAGAAACUCAGAGCAUGGAGGACUGUGGCGAGAAGCUGAAGAGGAUCCUGGAGUCCCCCAGCGUGCCCCAGGCCAACCACCAGCUCCUGGUGCACCUCACCAGACACCUGGUCAAGGUGGCCCAGAGUGAAGCUCAGAACCAGGCCAGCCCCAGGCUUCUAGGCCAGGUCUUCAGUGAGACCAUCUUCAAACACUCCCACUUCAGUGCGGACGUAAACCCAGAGCACCAUGUGAAGAUCAUGGAGGCCCUGAUUGCAGCCGGGGGACUGGUGGAAAUGCAGGCAGCCCCAGCUCUUCCUCCCAAGCCGGCCAAGCCCAUGACUCCAGUGAGCAGCAGCAAUGGUGUGAAGGAGGGGGCUGGGGGGUCGCUACAGGAAGCAGAAUGGUACUGGGGAGACAUAUCAAGGGAAGAGGUGAAUGAUAAGCUGAGAGACAUGCCUGAUGGGACCUUCUUGGUUCGGGAUGCCUCCACUAAAAUGCAGGGCGACUACACACUAACACUGAGGAAAGGGGGCAACAACAAGUUGAUCAAGAUCUACCACCGGGAUGGGAAGUACGGUUUCUCCGACCCCCUGACGUUUGGUUCUGUGGUGGAGCUGAUUAGUCACUACAGACAUGAGUCUCUGGCCCAGUACAACACCAAGCUAGACGUCAAGCUCAUGUACCCCAUCUCACGCUACCAGCAGGAUCAGCUGGUGAAAGAGGACAACAUUGACGCGGUGGGGAAGAAACUCCAGGAGUACCACAAUCAAUACCAGGAGAAGAGCAAGGAGUACGACCGGCUUUAUGAGGAAUACACCAAGACCUCACAGGAGAUUCAGAUGAAGCGGACGGCCAUUGAGGCCUUCAACGAGACCAUCAAGAUCUUCGAGGAGCAGUGUCACACGCAGGAGCGCUACAGCAAAGAGUACAUUGAGCGCUUCCGCCGGGAGGGCAACGACAAGGAGAUCGAGAGGAUCAUGAUGAACUAUGAGAAGCUUAAGUCUCGUCUAGGGGAGAUCCACGAGAGUAAGAUUCGUCUGGAGCAGGACCUGAAGACCCAGGCACUGGACAACCGAGAGACGGACAAGAAGAUGAACAGCCUCAAACCUGACCUCAUCCAGCUCCGCAAGAUCAGGGACCAGUACCUUGUCUGGCUCAAUCACAAAGGAGUACGACAGAAACGAAUUAACGACUGGCUGGGGAUCAAGAACGAGAACACAGAUGAAGGGUACUUUGUGAGUACGGAGGAGGAUGAAAACCUGCCCCACUAUGAUGAGAAGAGCUGGUUUGUAGGAGACCUGAACAGAAUCCAGUCUGAAGACCUUCUACUAGGCAAACCUGACGGAGCCUUCCUCAUCAGGGAGAGCAGCAAGAAGGGCUGCUACGCAUGCUCCGUAGUUGUGGAGGGCGAGGUUAAGCACUGUGUGAUUUACAGCACGCAGAGGGGCUACGGCUUCGCUGAGCCUUACAACCUGUACAGCUCUCUGAAAGACCUGGUCCUGCACUACCACCAGACCUCCCUUGUCCAGCACAACGACUCGCUCAAUGUGCGCCUGGCCUACCCUGUCUACGCACAGAUGCCCUCAUCCUCCGGCCCUGCCCCACGGAGAUGAGCACCCCCCCCCACCCAGCCCCAGGAUGGAUGAGGGGACAGGGGGUGGGGGGGUAACUAUUACCCAGAACCUGAGAAAAUACCUGAGAUGUGGGGAAAAGUGGGAAACACUUGCUGCGACACACACUUCAGCCACCUUGGAGUUAUAUAUAUUUUUACUAGAACAAUUGGAGGGCAUUCUUUCUAAAGACUGCUUGAUUUGCACAAGGACGUUUUAAAUGUUUGUGAAUGUGAAAAAACUGAAGGAAAAGAGAAGAGCCGAGUUUUAGGUGACCCUGCUGCAACCUAAACUCCAGCCAGGGCUCUUUUACAGAUUUAACGACAACAUGAAGACGCUCAAUUUUAAGGCUUUGUUUCCUGUCGUCCGUCUGUCGCCCCAAUUUUUUUUAAAUUUUUAUUUUAUUUCUUACCUUUCUCUCUUCUGGUUUUGUUCUCUUUCUUUUUUUUAUCUGGACAAUUUAUUUUGUUCACCGCUUGUUUGCUAAAUGCAAGAGAUGAUGAUUAUAAUGAUGUCGAGUGUAUGUUCUCUGUUCCCUUUCCGAAUCAGAAGCAAAAAUAAUGUAGCAUAACAGACAAAAGACGCUUGUUCAGUGUCCCUCCAUAUAGACUGCUGCUGAAGGG